AUGGUACUCAAGACUAUAUACAUUGUUAGACACGGGUACCGUGAAAACUGGCUUCCAGAAGAUCAGCAGCGCGACAGUCCGCUAGGAGACAACGAGAGCGACCCUUUGCUCGCUCCCCAUGGCGUGGAACAGGCCCACGAACUGGCCGACUAUAUAUGCGACAAACUGGAGCCUAAACCAGAAUUAAUAUUCUCGAGUCCUUUUUACAGAUGUAUUGAGACAAUCGAGCCGACGGCGAAAAAGCUGGGACUGAAAAUAUACCUAGACCGCGGGCUUGGGGAAUGGUACAGACGCAGCAGGUCCCACAUUCCAGAGCCUGCGACAAUCGACGUGCUUUCGCAAUAUUUUGCAGCUCUGUCGGACGAGUGGCUUCCAGAAACAGUUGUUCCUUCGUUGGAGGGAGAGGAAGAGGACGAGCUUUUGGAGAGAUGCAGGCUGUUUUGGGAGAAGUUCAUACCGAAGGUCGAGUCGAUGUAUCCGCAAGUCACCUCUGUGAUCCUUGUCACCCAUGCUGCUUUGAAGAUCGCUCUUGGAAUGUCGCUCAUGGGAUACCAAAGUACAAGGGAGUUUUUGAGAGUUGAACAUGGGGGUGAUGGCGUGAGUACCAGGAUACAGGCCAGCACAUGCUCGCUAGACCGCUACGAGAAAAACACUAAUGGCUGGGUUAUGACGAUGAACGGUAAUACAGAGUUUCUAAGCGGGGGUCCGGAGAUGAACUGGCACUUUGCUACUGCACAGUAUGAGGCUGGAAGCAAGGAGGAUAUUGAGGCACGAAAGAAAGCUGCCCAAGUAGCCAAUGCGAGGCCUUGCACAUGAAGACGAGGACGAAUUUGAGGACGUUUACAUUGCGCUCAAGUUCCCGCCUAACCAGUACAUCAGUCUCGAAAAAGGUUCUUUGAAUGCGAAUUCUAUAAAGCAGGAGGUGGACGAGUCGCUUGAGGAGCCGUCUUCAGAAAAUGCCCACAUCAGACUAAGCGGAUUGGCAGAGGACAGGCCGCUAGUGCAACUCAACAGCAACUUGUAUCAGGGCGAAUGGUCCAAGCUUGUGGGAUCGGAACUUGUGUUCAACGAAAACGGCGACUUCAUCACCAAAGUUCACGGCCAUGUUAUUUUGAAAGGUGGUCGACUGGAAAAUACCGGCAACGAUAAGGAAUCGUUCUUGACGAAGGCGGUGCAGGCGGCCCGGAAGGUGAAGGAAGCAAAGCAAGAAGAUGCGAUGGAGGUUGACUCUUAGGUCAAGACUCGUUUCACUGACCGAUUGAGAUCAUCACUUGUCCAUUCGUAAGCCCGUUUAUCAGCGGUCACGUGCGCCUUGACGGCAAAGCGUUGCCAAUCAAGGAGCUGGAAGUUGCUUGAGACCGUGUCUGUAGAAAGUCUGAGUCUCUGAAGCUCUGUGAAACUCAGCACUCCAUACGAUCUAAUGAGCAGGUCUGCUCCAUUAGGGAGCUCGGCUAUCUUGUGCAAUAGAUGAACUAUUUCUUGCUGAUGUUUGAAGCUCAAGAAAGGAGAGCCUGUGAGUGCCAUCAGGUACUCCAGUAUUCCGCUUCUGUUAAUGACCUUGAGGUCGUCCUGAUGACUCAGAGACUUUGUAAGAGUACUAAUGACCCACGACAGCUGCUUGUAGUAGUUUUCAUCAAACCUGGAAUGGCCCAGGUGUUUGUCUGCAACAAAGUGUUGGGUGACCGCUUUGAGCAACGGAAUAUCAAACGGACGGAACUUCGAUCCGCCCAAGAUGUACCUGUAAGCUUUUUCAUAGAGGUAAUGGCCCGGAUUGUUUAGAACCGGAAUCAAAUGGGAGAGCAUUAUUGUGAUGACCGGAGAACACUCUUCCUUCGUAGAUAGAAGAUUACCCAAAUAUACCUUGAACGUCAGUCUGUCCUUGAAGGAGAACAGAUGAAGCGUGCCCACAUCUGUCUUUGCUCUGUCUGCAGACCCCUUCGUCUUCGCCUUGUCUUCUUUCAGUUCUGUAAGUUGUUUCAGUUCUGUAUCGAUCGUCAGGUAACAUGAUUGCAAGAUUUUGCGGCUAAUAUGUCUCACUUCCUCGUUGCAGUUGCUCAUAUUCAUCACGAUGAACUGCAAGAUGUCGGUUUCCACCAGCCUUCGAACGUCCACUGCCACGUAAUCUUGCUGUGUCUUGAAAAGCUCGUCGUUAUUAACAAUCAACAGCAUUAUGAAUUCGGGAUCGUAUAUGGUUCUCUCGUAAAUGUCGCUGAUGACUGCGUGUUCAAGGAUGACAGAAUUAUGGCCCAAAAAGUCUUCCCAGUCUUGCCACGUCGGCUUCUUCGCCGCUGGCAGGGAGAAAUCGUUACAGGAGCCAGAAAAUCGAGCAAUUGAGUUGUUGAUGAAUUUCUUGGAAAGAUUCACAAUAAGACCAUGUGCACUGCUUGUGAUGAAUCUAGUGGUGGACGACUCAUAAGAGUCCGCGUCCAGAAACUCCCAAUCAGCCACAAACCCU